AUGGCCAUCUCAAGCGGCGGUGGUUUCGGGAGCGGGGGCGGGGGCGGGGGCGGGGGCGGGGGCGGGGGCGGCGGUGGUUUCGGGAGCGGGGGCGGGGGCGGGGGCGGGGGCGGCGGCGGGGGCCGCCUCCGCUUCAGGAGAUGCGACAGCGGCGGGUGCCUCCUCCGCGGCGGCGGCGGCGGGAGGUGCCUCCUUGGCCUCUGCCUCUUCCCUCCAGAAUUCAGUCUUCUUCCCCGUCUUCGACACGGUCUGCAGGACCGCCUCGGGUUUCGCCGUCCCCAGCACGGUCACCUUCUGGUCCUUCAAGUUGACGUCGUACGACUCCACGCCUGGAUAUCCACCGAAAGUCAGCGAGGCCUCUGAGUGCUGAGAACAACGACAAAAGAAUCCCACCCAUUCAGGAUGGGGAGGACUCUGAAGCUACUCUCUGACCUUCCAUCUUGUCGAGGACUCUCUUCACGGCUCCGACGCACCCUUGGCAGGACAUGGUAACCUUCAGAACGACCGUCUACACCCAGGGCGGAGGAAGAACACCAUCAAUAAGAAGAAGAAGAAGAAGAAGAAGAAGAAACAAAAAAAUCUACGGCCACAUCCAUGUUGUUGCAGCAGAAAACAUUUUUAAAACAGGAGAUCAAGGCUUUCCACCUUCUUCCCCUCAGCCAAAGAUUCCCAGUCAACAACUAGCAAUUCGUGGCCCGUCGUUCAUAAAUAGAAAACCUCUGAUCCUCAGACGCGCAUCAGAAGGUUGGGUUCCAUGAAUGAAUGAGACUAAACUUGAAGGUCGUGGCCGACGCCAAGCUCUCGAGGAGCUUCAGUGGUGUAACAUUUAUGUCAGAAAACCUCGAAACAAAUCCACUGGUAUAUGACAGCUCUUCAAGGUACCCAGAUCCAGCAUAAGACAGCCGGAGAGAGAGAGAGAGAGAGAGAGAGGGAGAGAGAGGGAGAGAGAGGGAGAGAGAGGGAGAUACAUGGGCAUACAGAUCUAGCAUAUGAAACCAGAGAAUACAGUAAAUCCAAGUAUUCUCUAUCUAAAUAUUUUCUUCAUUCGUACUAGAUCCUUCUUCUAGAUAAUCACAAUGCUCUCUCUAUACUUCUUCGUAAAAUUAAUAAAAAUAACAAGGACAGAGAACUGAAGACUGCCAAGAAUUUUUUUUAAAAAAAUCCAAUAGCCUUCUCACGAUUCAGCAAAAAGCAUCCAAUAAAAAGGCAGAACCGUCGUCCAGAUGUCAAUCCAAGUAACAACAUCACACGUGCUGGAGAGAUCGACCCUCUCCUUCAGGGUUCCCAACAAUCCCCUUACCUCAACAUGUAAAGCCCAGAUCAAACCCCCCAAGGCCGAGGCAGUAAGUUCAUAGAUUUGGGGGAUAUCCAGAUUGAGAAAGUCAUACGGCCAUCGCAGAUGGCGGGCAGUUCCCAUGGUUUUGAUUUCCCGAAAAGACUAGUACCGGCAGAAAAAAGCUGAAGUUUCAUGCAUAUCACUGCUAGUUAUGGAAGAUGAUUGAUUGUUCACCAAGAAGUUGCAGAAACAAGCACCCAUCAGAACCCUCAGAAAUCGCCAUGAUUCGGCGACUGUAAUGCCGAUAACAAAUGCCAAGGGCAAGAGAGUACUGUGUCUGACGUCUUCACAUCGUCCCCUAUCAUUCACUUAAUGGUCUACGGAUACCUAAAAACCCCCUGGAGAAGCUUCUACCAAUUCUUUCCUAUGCUAGGGUACUUAACCUCUACACCACGAAGCAAUCAGUGAAACUACGAAGGGGGCAGAGAUUAUCCUGGACGAGCAAUCAGUCAUUGGAUUCGCAAGGUACCUAACCUAACUGCGGUCCGGAGAAACAUGAAAGAAUUCAGCAGUAGCUGACGUGCGGAAGCCCUAGCAAAAGAGAUGAAAAUCAAAAUCACGAUAGCAGAUUCGACGACUCAGACGAAAUUUCGAUCGACAAGACGAAAGCGUAUGGAAGGAAAGAAGAAGGGCUGAAAUCAUAGACUGGAUCCCUUCCAUCCUUCGUACCUCCAUCUACCAUUACCGAUAACAAAAACCGACCGCGAUUGAUCUCGUCCUCCGCAAAACAAAUCACUCUACAAUCAGACAGCCCGGAAAGAUAAUCUAAGUAAACACUCCCAGAGGGCUCGACUGGCGCGCUCACCUCAGCCAUCGCCCGGGAGAAUGAGAGAGAGUUCCACGAUGAUCGGAUGCCAGGUGCCGCCGAUGUCUACCGAGUCUACACGGCGCCUCCAAAUAUAAGGGUCGGAGAAGGGGGCGUAUAAUAAUAAAAAAAAGAUAAUGCUCAACGGGCCAGCGUGGCAUCUUAUUUUCAAACCCUUUUAUUUUUACCAGCUCCGGUAAAAGUCCAGAAUAAAUAAAUUUUCGCGAUUUAAAUACACCGAAAUUAUUUUAACGUGAAAUAGUGAGUCAUAAUAAAUACUGUACCUGGCCUAUCUUUAGGAAACUUCCUAUGUUUUCUCGCAGUAGACUCCUCGUGGACCACUCAACCGACACGCCGAAGAGAAGAAAUGCGUUUGGUGAGGAGGCGGGUCCACCGAUGGCCCACCAAAGCAACCGUUUGAUGUAAGAUUCACGGUUGAUGGUUGCUUGGCGUUGAAGGGCGUCCUGGGGUGGGGGUUGUUGCUUUCUGGAGAAAUAAAGUGGGGGAUUCCGUGGUGGAUGACUGGGACGGAACGAGGAGGAUGCCACGUAAGCAAAAUAAACUUCGGGCCCUGGGCCCAAAGUCACGUUUUUCAUGGAUUCUAAAGGGGCCGGCGCCCAAAACCCGAGGAAUCAAGGAACCGGCCGCCGCAGAGACGCACCCACGUGGAUUGCACUGAAAAAGCAUAGGUUCUGUCCAACGUUUUUCACAUAGCGCAAUGAUUUUUUCUAAUUAUUGUAAACAUGUAGCCUGCAUCUAAUAUGAUAGUGAAGGUUCCAACAUAAGAGAGAUAUAUAGAUAAAUAAAUAAAUAUAUAUAUAUAUAUAUAUAUAUAUAUAUAUAUAGAAAGAGAGAGACAGAUACUGCCCGCCGCAUGGAGAAAACAAACUUCUAGAUCGUCGUUGAACCAUGGCUCUCCCAUUUAUGACAAGUUACAACACGGUUUAGAGAGAUAAGCAGCAUCUCCUUAAAAGAGCUCACCCGCCCUCAGAAAGGUUUGACCCAUUGAACCCAACCUCUGAGAGACAUUCACUCUUCUCACUAUAAGUGAUUCAAUCCGAUUUAAACAUCGUGAGGAGCCCUUAAAAUAUUUCUCUACUAGUCGUGAAUGCCACGUCGUUCGUCUUAACACUUAAAAAUUUCAGCUGGUGUCACUAUUGGAUCUAGGAUCUAAUAUUGAGAUAGAUAGAGAAUGAUAAAACACAAUGAGAAUGAAUUAUAAGUAUACUUGAACUCAUGAAGACAUAAGUACGAAGAUAGCCUUUUGGAUCAGUAUAAGAGAGUCCUCCAAUGACUUACUCUAGAGAGAUAGGAUGCUCUAAAAGUGAUUCACGAUAUAUGACCUAAGGACCAUGACCUCCUAUUUAUAAAUAAGAGGGGAUUAGCCUGUUAGUGUCUUUUUUCAAUUUAGUCUAUCAUAAAAUUAAAAUAAGAUCUAGUCUCUACAUAUUUAUAUCCAUAUUCAUAUUUAUGAGAGAGGUUGUAAUCUUAAAUACUUAAACUUUAAUAAAUCACUUUAAAUGAGAUUAAUUUAAUGAUAACUUCAUAAUAUAUAAUUCAUAUGUAUAAUUAUCCACAUUGAAAUUAAUUCUAAUAAUCUUUUACUUAGACAAAAUUUGUACAAUAACUUGAUAUUGUACAUUAUGACCUUAUGAGCUCAAAAUUUUACUUUCAUCAUCAAAGAUAUCUCUAAUAAUUCUGUCCAUCACUAUACUAAUAUAAAACUAAUGAGGUUUUCAUUCACAUUUUUUGUAUGACUAAAUCUAAUAAUAAUCACGUAUAUCGAUAUAAUGAACAACAUAGAUCAAAUAUGAAUGUGUAAUAUGAAAAUUACAUAAAAUGUGACUCAUAUAUAUACAUUUCUAACUUAGUACUCCUUAUUCCAAGUGGAGAUCAAACAACCACAUUCAGAGUGAGAAUAAUCAUAAAUUUUAUUUAUACAUAAAAUAAUCAAAGUAUAUGUUUAUAACUAUAUGAGCAUCAAAAUAUAAACUCUCAUUGAAAUUACAUAUCUUCAUGAGGUAUUAAACCUAUAUGAGCAAGAUGCUCAUAAAAGAUCUUUGGUGAUAAUUCAUUAGUAAGUAGAUUUGCUACCAUAGAGUUUGUCUCAAUAUAUUUUAUAAACAUUUAACCACUUUGAACUAUUUUCUUAACAAUUAAGAAAUUGAUGUCUAUAUGUUUAGACUUCGUCAAGCUCCUACUAUUAUUAUAAAACAUAACCAUUGAUUUAUUAUCACAAAAUAAUUUUAGUGAUCUUUUAAUUAUAUCCAAUUUUCGUGACCAUGUGACUAAAUUUUUCAACCCAAUUUUAUGAUUUUAUACCUCAUAACAUACUGUAAACUCUAUCUCCAUAAUAGAAGAAGUUAUGAGUAUCUACUUAGCACUAUUCUAUAAUAUAGUUCCUCUAGUUAACAUAUAGAUAUGACUCGUAGUGGUCAUUUGUUAUUAGUACAUCUAACGAAAUCAAAGUCUGAAUACCCGAUGAUCUCUAAAUGAUCUAAUUUCUUAUAUGUUAACAUAUAGUUCUUUAUCUUUUGUAAAUACCACAUAACUCAUUUUCUUGUAUUCUAAUGAUCCACAAUAGGGUUGCUUAAAUAUUUGUUGAGUACUUUAAUUAUGUACGUAAUGUUUGGACGAGUACAUACUUGAGUAUAUAUAAGGCUUCCUAUGAUUGAUGUAUAAAGAAUCUUAUGCAUCUCUUUAGCCUCAUAAUCAUUCUUAAGAUAUUGAUUGAGACUAAAUUUAUCUCUUUUAACAACAUGGAUAUUAUAAAAUUUACAUCAUUAUAUACUAAAUCUCGCAAGUGCUUUCUCAAUAUAACUCUUUUGUGACAACCUCAAAAUUUCAAGACUGAUUUCAAUAUAUCUCAAUGUCUAAUACAAAAGAGAUUUUACUGAGAUCCUUCAUCUCAAGAAAAAUUGACAAAAAGCUUUUGGUGUCACAAAGUAAGCCUAUAUGAUUAUUAGUAAGCAAUAUGUCAUCAACAUAUAAAACUAGAUGAGAUGAUAACUUACACUAAACUUAUAAUAUAUACAUUUAUCACCCAUAUUCAUCUCAAAAUCACAUGAGAUGAUAACUUUAUUAAAUUUAUGAUAUCAUUGAUGAGAAGCUUGUUUUAACUCAUAGAUAAACUUUUUUAAUUUGCAUACUAUUUUCUUUGGGUCUCUAGACACAAUUUUCUAGUUGCAUCAUAUAUAUCAUUUCAUUAAUGUCACUAUUGAGAAAUAUAGUUUCUACAUCCAUUUGAUGUAGUUCAAGAUCAAAAUAAGAUAGUAGUGUCAUUAUUAUUCUAAAAGAGUAUUUCGAUGAAAUUAGAAAGAAAGUCUCUAUAUAAUUGAUGCCUUCUCUUUAAGUGAAUUUCCUAAUGAUAAGAUGAGCUUUAUAAUUUUCUACAUUACCCUUCAAAUCCCUUUUGAUUUUAAAUAUUUAUUUACAACCAAUAGGUUUCGUAUCUUCGGGCAAUGAGACAAGAUCCCAUACAUCAUUGUCCUUCAUAAAUUUAAUCUCUUCAUUCAUGGCAUCAAUCUACUUAUGAGAAAUAAAACUUUACAUAACUUAAUGAAAAUAGUUAAUAUCAUUUUCUAUCACUCCAAUGUCAACCUCAUGUUCUAAAAGAAAUACGAUAUAUUUAUCUGAAAUCGCAUUCCUCCUCUCUCUAGUGAUUCUUCUUAAAGAUAUUGGUUUUUGAGUAUGUUGAGUUUAUUCUUCUGAAAUUGGAGAUAUGAUGAGAUUAUUUUGAUCUGAAGUUACUUUUUGAUCAAUAUUACUCAAGAUGAUGUCAUCAAGACUAUUGUCAAUAGUAACAAAAUAAAUAUUUAUAAAUUCUUAUUCAAAAUUAAUGUCUCUAAUGUUAUCUUUUUCCAUAAACUCAAUAUUUUCAAAUAAAUAAAUCUUUUUCAUUUCAAAAAUAAUCAUAGUAGUUAGAUUAUAAAACUUAUAUCUCCUAAACCUUUUCAGGUAUUUAAUAAAGUAGCAACUAACUAUUUUGGAGUCAAGUUCUUUCAUUUAAGUUUGUAAGAUUUUAUCUCUAUCAAAUAAUCCUAAAUGUGUAAAUAUUUUAAACUAAGCUUAUUGUCUAUUCAAAGCGCAUAAAGAGUUUUAAUAGUUAUCUUAGUUGGAACUUGAUUAAGUAAAUAAGUUAUAGUCUUUAGUUCUUCUCUCUAGAGGUUAUUUGACAUAGUAGAUUGACUAAUUAUACUCCUUAUCAUAUAUUUAAGUAUUUUGUAUUGUCGUUUAGUAACACUAUUCAUGCUAGGAGAUCCUAACAUAAUGUACUAUAAGAGGAUGUCACACUCUUUUAGAAAUUUAGUGAAAGGUCCUAGAUGUUAUUCACCUAAUUUAUCAUAUUUACUGUAGUAUUUACUACCACAGUCUGAUCUAAUGACCUUAAUCUUUUUGUUGAGUUAAUUUUCAACUUCGAUCUUAUAUUUCUUAAACACAUUCAAUGAUUGAAACUUCUCUUGAAUAAGAUACAAGUAGCCAAAUUAAGAAUAGUCAUCUAUGAAUGUAAUAAAAUAUUAUUUAAUCAUUUCAAGAGGUUGUAAAGAAUGGUCUACUAAUAUAUAUAUAUAUAUAUAUUAAUUCUAAGACAUUUGAAACUCGAUUGACACAUAUUUUCUUUAUGUUUGUCCUUUUCUCCUUGAUACAUUUGACAUAAGUAUCAAAAUCUUUAUAAUCAAGUGGGUCAAAAUUUUCAUUAGAUAUGAUUCGAUCAAUACUCCUUGAACUGAUAUGUAAGAUUUUAUUAGAAAGGAUCAUUCUCUUAAGUAAAUAUAUGUUAUUAUGACUUGAUAAAGUACUGCUACUAAUGUGAUUUGAAUUAUCAAAGAUACUCAAGUUUUUAUUUAUAAAUAGACAACUAUAAUUAAAUUUGUCUAAAUUAGAAAUAGAAAUCAAGUUAUGUCUAAAAGAUGAUAUGACAUAAGUCUAAAUCAAAUGUAGAUAGUAACAAGUCUUUAAUGAUAACCUAAAAGUCCUUAUUACCUUCACCACUACUACAUUGUCAUCGUCUGAAUAAAUAUAUCUUUCAUCAUCAAUUGACUUACAACAAUAAAUAUAAUCAUGUAUAGACACACUUAUGUGAAUAAUAACACUAGAAUAUAUUCGCUAUGUGUGCAAGGAUAUAGAAGUUAAAUUAACCUUUGAAUAAAUUAAAGUGAGAAGGUCACUUUUCUUUGUACGCCAAGUAUGAUAUUUGAUACAAUCCUUCUUCGUGUGACCACUAUACUUGUAGCUUUUUUUAUCGUAGGUUUUUUUUUUUAAGUUAUAACCAAAUGAACACUCUCUUGUUUAUCUUGUUUUAACCUUUCUUCUUCUUCCACACAAUGUAAUAUGAGCUCAUUUAGGGACUAUUUGUUCCCUUGACAAUUAUAACUCACCUUAAAUUGAUUGAAUAAUGCAAGAAGAAAAAUCAAAACUUAGUGCACAAGCAAAUCUUCUAAUAGCUCUAACUUUAAUACCUUUCAUUUUGAUGUAAGAUGAGACAUCUCGAUAAUGUACUCUCUUAUUUUUUUCUUGUCUUUAUAUUUCAUAGAGAUAAAAUUUAUUAAGAUUGUACUUAUUUUGAUUUUAUCGUUCUUGACAAACUUUUUUUCAAGUUCUUCAAGAAAAACUCUUGUUAUAAUGGCAUCUUCAAACAAAAUUCUCAUCAAAACUUCUAGAAUAUCACGCUAUAUGAUCAUAAGACUCAUGCGAUUCAAUCAGUCCCACUUAUCCGUAUCUCUCUUAUUCUCAUGAGAGUUUGUAAGACAAUCUUCUCUUAAUACAAUGUCUUAAUCUAUACAACCAAAAACUAUCAUAACGUUCUAUUUUCAUAUUUUGAAGUUAGUGUCAUUUAACAUAGGAAUAAAAUUUAUUUGAGUAAAAUUAGUAGAAGUAGAGGUUGAAAUUGUAUAAAGAAUAAUAUAAAGCUCACAUAAGUAACUUGAUUUUCAAAUAAUUGUAUUUCCCAUCACAAGAUAUUGAGUGCAACAUUAAUACUUUAUGUUUAGCUAAUAAUAUUAACUGCAAGUAAUAUCUUGAUGUGAUAAAUAAAUAUUGACAAUAAGUUUCUACCAAAUAAUAAACCUAUUUUUAGAUUGACUUAUUAUUCAUAUAAAAAUACUAAAUAAUUAUCACCUAUUUAUUAUCAUAAAUAUAUAUAAUUUAUAAAAUACUAAACUUUUCUUUGAACCAAUUAGUAUUCACAAAAUCACAUACACAAUAUUUCAUACAUUAGAAAAAUUAAUAUCUAUACGAGAGCUUAAUUUGGUAGGAUUCUACUUCAAGUAAUAAUUCUAAAAUAUCAAACAUUUACUAAAUUUUGAAUCAUGACAGUUAUUUAACAUUUAACCAUACUCAAUGUAUACAUAAAUAUUAAAAAUUUCAAAUAACUUCAUUUUUUUUUUGAAAUAAAAUCAUCAAUAAUAUUUCAAGAAUAAAAUGACAUAUGAAAUAAAUAAAUUUUUAUGGGCAUGACAUCAGCAGACCCAAUGUUGAUAUCAUCAUCAUGACGUCAUCAAAUGUAGAUCGGCGCAUCGACUAAUUGGAUCGGCUUAUGUUGAGCCGGCAUGCCAUCUAACCCAACCGAUGCAGUGCACCGUUUCGGCUGUCCAGCUCGCAUUGAGCCAAUCAUCCGAACCGAUGUGGGCUGAGCCGUGUAACUGAACCAGUGUGAGCUGAGCCGCGUACCAGAACUGACGCGAGCCAAGCCGCACACCAGAACUGGCGCGAAUGUUGUAUGUAACCAUUGCAUGACGGUUCUUCUCCCAUCCGGCAUGCACCGAAAAUGGUGCAGCUGUUUCACGCAACAGAGCGGCGCACAAACCGUUGCACGAAGGGAGAAACCUUAGGGCUGGGAAUGGUCGGCCCAAAAAUGGCCUCCCAUUUGAAAAAAAUGGAGCCACAUCGGUUGCCCCCCUCCCCUCCAUGUCCCAAUCAUUCCCGCUAAUCUCUGGAAGGCCUAGAAACCAUCCUUCGGUAAGAGGAAGAGGAAGAACUGAAGGGAUUAGAGCAUGCAGAAGCCGCUGCAGCCCUUCGCCUAUAGCACAUCCUUUCGGAAACCUCCAGCUUCGGCCUGCGCCUCUCCUUCGUCUUCUGGAGCCCUCCGGCGUCUAGACAUCCGAAAGUGCCGUCCACCACUCUCUAGCAUCCCAUCUGACGACGGAAAGGAGAAAGAGGAAUGGUUGGGGCCCUCCUGCAGCCCAUGAUUUCCAAAUGAAAAUCUUCCUUGGGGAAAAGAGAGGAAGCCACUACUCCUCGUCCUUUACAGGAAAGGAAGAAGAGUCGACAGACCCAUCUGCACGGCGCAUUAAUCCAUCCGUGGUAAGGUUGAAACCUUUCGAUUUCCACAAUUGAUGCCUGAAUUCAUUCUCAAGACAAUGCAUAAAAAAUGAUAUCAUGAUGAACGAAAAAUAAUGAACAAAUUUCAUGCUCUAAAAAUCAAAACAUUAGAUCUGAAGGAUUUAAUGUUGAGAUAGAUGAAGAAUGAUAAAAUAUAAUGAGAAUAGAUUAUAAUUAUACUUGAAUUCAUGAAGGCACAAGUACGAGGAUGACCUUUUGAAUCAGCAUAGGAGAGUCGUCCAAUGACUCGUUCUAGAGAGAUAAGAUGUUCUAAAAGUGACUCAUUAUGUGUGACCCAAGGAUCAUGACCCUCUAUUUAUAGACAAGAGGUGGCUAAUCUCUUGGUAUCUUUUUUCAAUUUAAUUUAUCAUAAAAUUAGCAUAAAACUUAAUCUCUACAUAUAUUUAUAUUUAUGUCUAUACGUAUGAGAGAAGUCGUAAUCUUAAAUACCUAAACUUUAAUAAAUCACUUUAAGUGAGAUUAAUUCAAUGAUAGCCAAAUAAUAUAUAAUUCAUAUAUAUCAUUGUCUACAUUGAGAUUAAUUCUAAAAGUCACCCCAUACAUUGACUUGAGUCUCCAUUAGAGAGGGGGAAGGUAUCACAGGAAUAUUCCUCAUCUGGCAGCUCUCCUCCUCUUCUUCUUCUUCUUCUUCGUCCUCCUACUGUCUUUGCUGUCAAGGGACUGUCGGAACAUGACGUGGCUGGUGGCAGUCCCGUGCUCUGCUCUUCCUCACUGCCACCUCAGCCCUCUUCCUCACGGCCACGGCUGACGACGGAGGCUAGAAUCCAGACAAAGCCUCCAUUACCAAGUGUCGGAACAAGAAUGCGAGAUUCUGCCACGAUAUACCCAACGAAAGCCCGGCUUUCUGCCCUCACAACUGCUUCAUCAACUGCAAGACCUGCAGUCCGGUCUUGCGUGAGUCUCCUCAUCUCCCCGGAAGAGAGAGAGAGAGAGAGAGAGAGGUAUAUAUAUUGAUGAAAUUCUACCUGGUUGCUUCUUGGCGGGUGCAGGAUGCAAUGUUCCGGGUGCAAUUUGCCAAAACCACAGGUUUGUCGGAGCGGACGGUAUCACCUUCUACUUCCACGGCAAGAAGGACCGCGACUUCUGCCUCGUUUCCGAUGCCCACCUCAACAUAUACGAGCACUUCAUCGGUCGGAGAGGCGCCGACAUGACCCGCGACUUCACCUGGGUGGAGUCCAUCGGCAUUCUCUUUGGCGAGCACCGCCUCUACCUCUGCGCCGAGAAGACGGCAACGUGGGAUGACGCCGUUGACCGCCUCAACCAUCGCCCUCGACGGCGAGACGGAGGACGCCAAGUGGUCGUCCACCUCAUCGCCGACGGUGUUUGUCGUCCGCACCGUCGGCACCAACUCCGUCGACGUGGAGGCGGUGGGCAUGUUCAAGGUGGCGGCCAAGGCCGUGCCCAUCACCGAGGAGGAGUCCUGGAUCCUCCGCUACGGCAUCACCGCCGACGACUGCUUCGCCCACCUGGAGCUCGCCUUCCAGUUCUAUUCGCUGACGAGCGACGUCCACGGCGUGCUGGGCCAGACCUACCGGGAUGACUACAACAGCGGCGUGAAGAUAUCGUCGGCGAUGCCUAUCAUGGAGAGGCCAUGUACGCCGCCCGAAACCUCUUCAGCCCCAUCUGCACCAACGUGA